AUGUGCAUGAUGAACCCUUACAUGUUUUUGACAUGCAUCAUUCUGGGACCGUCGAGUCCAAAGGCGAGAAUCAAUGUUUAUUUGCAACCUUUAAUUGAUGAUCUCAAGAGGCUGUGGGUGGGAGCGUGGACUUAUGAUGUGUCUCGUAAACAAAAUUUUAAUAUGCGAGCGGCUUUGAUGUGGACAAUUAAUGACUUUCCUGCAUAUGGCAUGUUGUCUGGAUGGGGUACACAUGGUAAAAUUGGAUGUCCGCAUUGCAUGAAUCACACAAAAGUGUUUACUUUGGACUUUGGUGGGAAAAGUUUGUGGUUUGACUGUCAUCGUAGGUUCUUACCUACCAACCAUGAAUUUAGAAGGAAUAAAGAUGCUUUUAGAAAAGGAAUAAAAGUAAAAGAUCUACCUCCCCCUCGAUUGUCAUCGACUCAAGUAUGGAAUAAUGUUUGUGACCUACCAAAAUUCACAGACUAUGGUGAAGCACGUAGAAUUAAAGGAUAUGGGGUUGACCAUAAUUGGAAAAAAAGAAGUAUCUUUUGGGACCUCCCAUAUUGGAAGGAUAAUUUGUUGCGUCAUGAUCUUGAUGUUAUGCAUAUUGAGAAGAACUUUUUUGAUAAUGUGCUUAACACGGUGAUGGAUAAUGAGAAGACAAAAGACAAUGAGAAGGCUAGGAAAGACAUGGAACUUUUUUGUAAUAAAAAAGAAUUGGAGUUGAAACCUCGACCAAACGAAAAAUUAUUAAAACCCAAGGCUUGUUACACUCUUACUCCCCAAGAAGCAAAAGCUGUAUGUCGGUGGUUAAAUGAAUUGAGGAUGCCUGAUGGUUAUUCUUCUAACCUGGCAAGAUGUGCUGACGCCAACACUGGGAAAUUGCAUGGAAUGAAAAGUCACGAUUGUCAUAUUUUCAUGGAACGAUUACUUCCAAUUGCAUUCCGUUCGCUGCCCAAGAAUGUGCUUAAUCCACUAACUGAGAUCAGUCAAUUUUUUACAGACAUUUGUGCUUCAACUUUAAGAGUAGACGACAUCAUUAAAUUGGACCGAAAUAUUCCUAUCAUUCUUUGCAAGUUGGAGAAAAUAUUCCCGCCAGGUUUCUUUGAUUCUAUGGAGCAUCUCCCUGUGCAUCUUGCUUAUGAAGCUUUUCUAGGUGGACCUGUUCAAUAUAGAUGGAUGUAUCCAUUUGAACAAUUCAUGGAUUUACCUUCUCUAACCUUUUUUUCUUUUCGAAAUAGGGCAUUUGGUGCCUACUAUUAUCAAAGCACAGGCGAACAACCAUUGACUGGUUACACACAUGCUUAUUUUCCAACAUGGUUUAAGCAGCAGUUAUCAUGUAUUGUUACACCAAGUCCUGACUUAAUACAUUUGCGAAAUUUGUCUGAAGGCCCUAGUCAAUGUGUAAAUGAAUGGCACACAUAUUUUGUAAACGGUUACAAAUUUCACCCUGAGGAAUGGAGUGUAGGGAAGAAAACCGUAAACAGUGGUAUAGUCGUAAAAGGAAUUACAGAGGGUGGUGAGGACGACUUCUAUGGGGUUAUCACACAUAUUUACGAGUUGGUUUAUAAUUAUAUGGACUCGGAAAAUAAAGUUGUCGUAGUUUAUUGUGAUUGGUAUGAUCCAUCUUCUAGAGGAACGAAAAUUGAUAAAAAGUAUAACACUUUUGAGAUUCGAAGAGAUAGAAAGUACAAAAAGUAUGACCCUUUCAUUAUGGCACAUAAUGUUAGGCAAGUUUAUUAUGUACCUUAUCCUUCAAUUACCCCACGCAAACGAGAAUGGUGUGUUGUAAUCAAGUCCAACCCAAUGGGUCACAUUGAGACUGAUGAGUUAAUGAAAGAUGUUGCAUACCAACAUGAUGAUAUUUCACCUGUUAAUGAGGUAAUUGAAAUUGAGGAGAUUGUAAGUUUGUGUGAUACUGCAGUUGAGGGUCAACAAGUUGACGCAAGUAUCUUGUUGUCAACAAAUCCUAUGGAAGAAGAGCAUGAAGAGCUAGGAGAGUCUGAAGACAAUAAUAUCAGAUGCGAUGAAGACAACGAAGAUUAUGAUUAUGAAUAA